UUUUUCAUGAGAAAAAUCCCUCGAAAUUUUUCAUUUUGCUUACGAAAAUUCGUAACUGUUCCCAAAGUGACAUUCAGCGCCAGUGGCGAAUUGCGGAGUUACUCGGCGUCAAGUUCCGCAAGGAGAAUUUUCGUAAAACUGUUAUUAUUGGCUCUUAUGUGAAUUUUACGGUGAAAAUCCCAUCUUUAUAGUGAUAAAUUGUGAAAAUGGUUGAAAAGGCACCCGAUUUCAUUGAUGUGACUGAAGUACAGUUUAAAUUGCAGAGCAAAGUGAAAAUCUUUGGGGCAGAUGCCACUGUGAAGCCCCACUGUCAGCUGGUCGCCACGGCGAGUGCUUUUGGGCUGGUUUUCGUGGCGUCUCCACUUCCGGAGCUCAAGGUUGUUCAGCUGUCAGCACUCACGGGAGGGAAGGUGGUGGAUGAAAAUGCACCCGUUCGGACGAUUCCACUGCCCAGCGAGGCCACGCAAAUCGCCGUGAAUUGCGACAACACGAUCUUGGCUGUGGAUGUGGUCGUGAAUGGCAUCACGAUGAUCCUCUUGUACGUCGUGCAGACGUUCCUCUCGCAGAACGUGCGCACGCUGCAGAGCAUCCGCCUGUCGCCGGACACUGGCGUGCGAUCAAAGCAACUCGCGUGGAAUCCCGCCAUCUCGAACGUCCUGGCCGUUUGCCUGGAGAACGGCGCGCUGUCGAUGUUCGUGCUGAAGGAGCAGGGCUUCGAGUUCCACACGGUGGACAAGGCCCAGACCAUCUCCAGUGUCUGUUGGAGUCCCAAGGGGAAGCAAAUCGUGGCGGGAUGUCCGAAUGGGAAGUUGAUUCAGUACAAACCCGAUCUCAAGCCCAUCCGGGUGAUUGAUUGUCCGCUGGACACUCAAGCUGGGCCACUGCUGGCCAUCUCCAUUCAGUGGCUGUCGACUUAUCAGUUCGCUGUGGCCUUUGCGGCGCUGAACGAACCCGCGCCGCCGGUUCUCUACGUCGUCAAUGCGCCGAAGAGUGGCCAGAUCUCGUGCAUCAACUACGAAGACAUCUGCUACAGCGGCUCCGGGCCGCGCCAGACGCAGGUGUACCUCAUCCACAUCCUGCCCUGGAACACGCUGCUCAUGGCGUCGGCCAACAGCAUGGAAGUGGGCGUCCUGGCCACGAAUGAGGCCGGAGAUGCGCCCGUGUGGCGACAGUGGUGCAUGCUGGAUGAGGCGCGCGCGGAAUUGCCGCUGACGGCGAAGAAGCAGGAGAGCUAUCCGCUGGGCUUCUGCCUGGAGACGGGAUGCACGCAUCAGGUGGUUGUUGGUGAGCAGGAGAUGCCAGUGAUGCCGAUGAUUCACUUGCUCUCGACGGAUGGCGUUCUGGUGUCCUUCAACAUCCUCAACACCAUUCAGAAUGUGCCCGGAAUAUGUUCUCCACCUCGACCGCUUGCGGACACUUCGGGAUUGGGGGAGUUUGUCUCUGUGACGCCUCAGAAGCAGCCUCCUGUUCAGACUCCGUCUCCCAUCGCUGCCAGCGUUCCGGCGGCUGUGGCGAAGGAGCCGGAGACUCCGUUCGCAAUCCCUCCCGCCGCCACAUCAACGCCAAUGGUGGCGCAGAAGGCGAAAGGACUCUUCGGCACUACUGAAGCCUUCAAGGCGCCGAGCAUCUUUGGGAAUGUCGCUCAGCAGCCGGUCGUGAGCAAGCCAGUGGCGUCUUUUGGGCUCAGUGAGAAUGUGCCGAAGGCAGGAACGCCCUUUGUCAAGCCCAGCGCGGCGCCUCCUACUGUGACUGCCCCAAAAGCUGUUGCUCCGUCUGCUGACCAGAACAAGCCACUCAUCACCGUGCCGCCCAGCUAUUCUGCCGCCCAGGCGGAGAAGAAGAGCGUGGCGAAGGCGUCGAAUGUCAUUCCGCUGGACGAUGAGAAUAAUGCUGUGAUUCAGAAGAUGAUCAUGGAAGAGAUGCAGGCCUUUGAGAAGGAUCUCAGUGAUCCCAUGAAGCGCUCGCAGAACAUUGACACGCAGAUUGGGAGUCAGGAGACGCUGAGCAACAUGUCGAAGCAGUUGCGAGAGUUGACGGAAUUGACGGUGGAAGGCAUGGAGAGCAUCGAAUCGCUGAGUGCUGACGUGAGGAUUCUCACGAUGACACUCAAUGAGGCGUUCAUGAUGACGGAAGAGGCGAAGAGCAAGUGGGAAGUUGUGACCAAGCCGACGUACACGAAUGUGAAUCUGCACAGUGGCGCCAAUUUGACCAACAGGAGGCAGUUGAAUAAGCUGCAGGGCAUGCUGACCAGCAACAGGAUUCACCUGGAGGAGAUCAAGAAGCAGAUUGACAGUGUUUGGGUGCUGCACGAGGAGGAGAGGAAGCAGCAGAGCAAGGAUCGCAUGCGUGUGCCGCGAAUGGAGGUGAUUUAUCAGACCAUCAACAUUGAGCGGGAGAUUCUGAUGGGUCAGCGGAAGAGGCUGAAUGAGAUCAGGAAGAAGAUGAACGUCAAGGUGAAUCAGAAGGCGAGUGUUGAGGAUUUUGAUUCACUCUCGGAUUCUGUUGUCUCGCUGGCGCUGGUGGAGGAAGUUCAGGCGGACACGAGGAAACUCUGUGCGUCGAAGAUGAAGAGACUCUCGGCGGUGCUCAAGGAUCGUGAGAUCAGGACAAUUCAUCCGCAACGACCGGAGCGAAAGGGUGUGAAUUCGGUGAUUGUGCAGGAGCGUCGAGAGGCUGCGGCGAAGGCAAAGACUCUCCAGACAGCGACUCAGCAACAGCAACAGCAACAGCAGCAGAGUUUCCCGCAGUUCGUGAAGGUUGUUGUGGAUCCCAAGCAGGUUCCGCCCACGCGUCCUGUGGCGAAGGCCACGCCAAAGGCAUCGAAGCCCGUGGUGGAGCCACCAAAACCCGCUCCGGUGGCGACUAAACCAUCUCUUGGGGGUGGUUUUGAGGUGGGAAAACCCUUCGCGGCCACUGUGCCGUCGAUUUUCCCGCCCAAGAGUGACGGAAAGAGUUUCAUCUUCACCUCAACGAGGACGGAGAGUGAGGAGAACAAGCCUCCUCCUCCGCAGCAGCAGCAGGAAAUUGUCUUUGCACCGAAACCAACAGCGGCAAUUGCUGCAAAACCUUCUGUUGCCAGUCCAACAGUGGCUGCUCUGCUGACCAGCAAGACGACGACGGGAUUGAGUGAGAAUGCGCAGCAGAGUCAGCAAAGUGGUGAUUUGAACAAGACGCCACCGUUUGCCUUCAACAUCCAGAAAUCGCCACUCGGUGUGUUCAAUCAGGGGAACAAGGCAGCUUUCGCGGCUCCUGCGAUCGCAUCCUCCAGUCCAGCAACCAGUGGCGGAAUCUUCAGUCAAAUUGCAGCUUCCACAGCUUCAUCCACAGCAUCGAUCUUCGGCGGUUUGUCGUCUUUCGGAUCACUGACGGCGGAUGGUGUGAAAAGUGAGAAGCCGGCGGCGAGUGCGACGCCGGCGCAAGUGCUCAAUUUGUCCUUCGGCGGAGGAUCAGCGGGAAUAUCGACGCCAAUGGCGGCUCUUGAGGCGUCAGUCUUGAGCACAGUCAGCUCGGCAGCGACUUCAACUGUUGUGCCAACAACAGUGGUGAAGAAGGAGAUUGUUGAGGUGCCGAAGAAGGUGGAUUCGGGAUUCAAAUUCGUCCUUCCGGGUGUUAAAGACACAAUUGUCACGACAACAAUUGUGCCAACAAUAAUUUCCUCUGCAGCAGCAACAGUUGCAACGACAAUUGCCAAGACAACAGCCAGUGUGACCACUUCUUCGACGGCUUUCGAUGCGGACAACUUGUUGAAGAAUCUCAGCUUCUGUCAGCCAACAACUGUAGCGGAAAAGCCGGCAGAUGCCAAGCCAUUCUCGGUGUUCUCAAUUGGAGGCUUUGGCAGUGCCGCAACAGCAACAACAACAGCAGCGUCAAUCUUUGGCGGCAGUUCAGCCACAACUGUUGCUGCUGCAACAACCGCCGCCGAGCCUUUUAAACUGCAAUUUGGCACUGCAACAGCCGCCGCAACGACAACGACCAGCACUUCGCCGCCUUCUGGACUCUUCAGCAGUGUCGUGAAGACUGAAGUGCAGCCGUUUGGCGCUGUCUCAGCGACAACAACCGUCGCCAGUCCAUUUGCCAGUGUCACAACGACUUCCGCAACUCCGUUCAGUUUCACUCCCGCCAGCACAGCUGCUGCAACUGUCGCUGCGACGCCUUUUGGCGCGAGUGGAGGAUCGAUUUUUGGCUCUACCGGCUUCCAAGCGCAGCCCAGCGAGAGCUCGUCAGUCUUUGGCGCCGCCAAUGCCAACACAACGAGCAUCUUUGGCGGCGGCGGCGGCGGUGUUUUUGGCCAGACAACCGCUCCAGCUUCGACUGGGAAUGUCUUUGGCACACCGGCGAGUCCCAAUUCGAAUUCUGGAAGCAUCUUUGGCGGAUCGACACCCACGAAAUCCACAUCUUCAGUCUUUGGAGGAUCUUCUGUUUUUGGCGCCACGCCGGCAACGCCACAGGCGCAAACGUCGAUCUUCGGUGGUGACAAUGCGGCUGCCGCGGCAUCGCCAGGCUUUGGCUUCGGUCAGCAACAGCCGCAGCAGCAGCCGAGCUCAGUCUUUGGCUCGCCUUCGGCCUUUGGGAGGCCUUUUGGAUCGCCUUCUGGCGGCGCUUUCGCCCAAGGAGGACCUUCAGUGGCGCAAACGGGAUUCGGAUCGCCGACUGCCUUCGCAAAGCCUCAGUCUGCUUUUGGCUCUUCACCGACUUUUGGUGGUCCCGCGACGUUUGGAUCAUCGCCAACGUUUGGUGGCGCGGCGACUUUUGGUUCAUCACUGAAGCCCUCGGGAUUUGGAUCAUUUGCCAAUACAGGAAGUUCUUUUGCCAAUGCGUCGUCGAAUCAGCAGCAGAGCAAUUUGUUCGCCACGCUCGGAUCUUCAGAUACUGGAAUGACUUUUGGGAAUUUGGCGCAGAACAACAAUGCGAAUCAGGCGAAGAUGCAGUUUGGAGGUUCCGCCUUCUCCACGUGGCGUCAGUGAAUGUGAAGAAGGAAUUGAUGAUGAUGUGAAGAUCCCUGUGCUCUUGAAAUACAUUAAACUUUCACUCGAGAA